AUGCUUGACUAUAAAGCAUCAUCUGAUGAUUUAUCCUUCUCAUCAACUGUAUUUUCUGCUCCACAGAAAGAUGAUAUUCCAUCUGACGAUGAAUCUGCAAAAGUUUUACAAGAUCUAAAUAACAUAAAAAUCUGUUAUCCUGAAAAACUUAAUAAGCAUCAUGAUUUUUUCAAAUGCAUAAUAGAUAUGAUUCAAAAUAACAAAUCCCGCGUUGAUUCGUCAAUAUAUAUUAAUUUUGAUUUGCUUUCGGACCUGAUUGCAAUCUUGGAAUCAGAAGAAUGUAUUAAUCGUUCUGAAGUUCUCGAAAUCAUUUAUAGUCUAUCAAAGUUAGACAAAGUCAUCGAAUUUCUUAAUGAUCAAGAUAUAAUCAACCUCCUAUAUACAAUUGCAUUAAGAAAAGAUGAUUUGCAAAAAGACAACUAUAUUGCGAUUAGGAUCCUCACAAGAUUACUUCCUCAUGUUGAAAACAAUGAAGUAUAUUUAACAGAUCACCCAAUCGAUUAA